AUGCCACGCCCCUUUUUGUCGCUGGUGUGUUCUCUAGAAAAAAGAGCAUUGAAUUUAAUUAAGUAUUCUUUGAGGAGAUUAUGGGGGAUUGUUUUUUGAGAAAAAAAAUUUAGAAUUCUAGACGCGUUUAUGUACUUGGUAUAGUUGGACAACGACUCAAGUCGACUCAAGUCGACUCGGAGUCGAUAAGACAGCUGUUUUCGACUCGACUAACGACUCGAGUCGUUUAGUCGAAAAGGUGAGUCGAUUAGAAAAUGACUCAAGUCGAGUCGAAUGGUUUUUUUCGACUCGACUCGACUCCGAUGGUCAAUUUUCUCAUGGUGAGUGGGGGUUUUGUAAUAUGGUUAAGGUGUUGGCUUAGAUGGUGAAUAUUGGAUGGUGAUUGGUGGACAUGGUGAUAGUGCACCAAUCACACCAACUGCACCAAUAAUGGGAAUUUUGGACCAUUGGUGGAAUUUGUUGAAUUGGUGGAUGGUGGAAUUGGCGAAUGGUGCAAUUCGCCAAUUGGUGUGA